GAGGAAUGAAAGAACUAUGGGCAGCCAAACUCAUCAUGCCUACGUCAACGGGGGAACGCGACGUCGUCUGGCGGCGGGAUAGACUGUCCGGCGGUGGAUCCAUAUCACCUCCUGUCGGUUUGUCGGCCAGAGUCGGAUAAUGCAGGCACUUAAAUGACUCUCAGAUGCCCUUGUGCUUUCCACUUGCUUCCAGCAAUCAUACCCACCGAGACAUCCGACAACUCCUCCGCCUCUAGGCUCUAGCCAACCCUUCAUUCGACUUCUUUGUUCAUCAUCAAAAAUGAAAGCUUACAAGCUCCUAUCACAAGACAAUGCCGCCGUCGUAAAGGUGCCCAAGCCCGCGCUGCGACCCGACGGCCUGCUGGUCAAAGUCGCCUGUGUCGCCCUGAACCCGACAGACUGGAAACACAUCAAAGUCGUAGACGUCCGCGGGGCCCCGCUCACCGUGGGCUGCGACUUUUCCGGCGUCGUUGAGGAAAUCGGAAGCAGCGUCACCCAGCCUUUCCAGCCCGGCGACCGAGUCUGCGGCACCGUGCACGGAAGCCACACGUUGAAGCCCGAGGAUGGCGCAUUUGCCGAGUAUCUUGUGGCGAAAGCGGAUAUCACCAUGAAAGUCCCAAGUCACAUGGGCUUUCCGGAGGCGGCAUCCCUCGGGGUGCAGGUGUACACGGUGGGCCAGGCUUUAUAUCAGAGCUUAGGACUACCGUGGCCGAUAGAGCCUGUCAAGGCGGAGGAGCGUUUCCCGGUUUUGAUUUAUGGGGGGAGCACGACAAUGGGAUCUCUAGGGAUUCAGAUGGCAAAGCUGUCUGGCCUCGAAGUCAUCACCACUUGUUCGCCCCACAACUUUGACUUCGUCAAGUCGCUCGGCGCAGACAAGGUCUUCGAUUACAAGUCCCCCACUGUCGGGUCCGAUAUCCGCGAGUAUACCAACAACAGACUCCGCUACGUGUGGGACACGUUCGGAGAGGGACAGGCCGGUCAGAUCUGCGCCGACGCCCUGUCCUCUUCUGAGUCCCCGCUCCGCUAUGUCACCACCAAUCCAAACCCGUUGCCGCGCGAGGACGUCGAGACUAUUGUCAGGCUUACCUACACCAUCAGCAACGAGGCAAGUGAGGUUUUCGGCAAACUCAAACUGGAUCCGCAGCCCCAAGACUUUGAGUUUGCGAAGAGAUGGGGGCCCGUCGCGGCGAGGCUCUUUGAAGAGAAGAAGGUUGUGCCGCACCCGGUCGACGUCAGGGGAGGGUUGGAAGAUAUUGCGGGCGGGUUGAAAGACUUGGAAGAGGGGAACGUAACUGGGAAAAAGCUGGUGUAUCGGGUUGGUGACUUGUAAAUUACGGGGCGCGGAAUCAUGGGAAGUGAUUCGUUCACCAUCCACGAGAUCAAUAUGGCAAAUAGAAGCGAGCCUACCCCUGAUCAUUUCCCUUGGAUGCACUCAUUCUCGUCCUGGUGCAGGAUAUGGUAAUUAGCUGAAAUGGCAGCCUCGAGCAAUUAGUACUCCUUGUUAUACCCC